CUGAAGCAAAGCAAGAAAACUGAAACUACAAUGUUUUCUUUGUAUUGCAUCCUUUUUUGGCUUGUCAGAAGGAUAUUAGUAAAAGGAGACGUUGAUUUAUCAGGUUGUCCUUCUACAGAAAGUACUUGGAGAUAUCUUGCAAGGAGUGGAGAGAAGUUUUUAUUAUUUUGUGAUGUUCCUAGACAAGGUCUUUGCCACAAGAGAAAUCUUUCAAAGAAACAGUGUAGUAGUACUGUAUACCAAGGAAUCAGUUAUUCAUCUGACAUCCAUUGGUACAAACAACCUCAGAAUGGAUCACAACCAUAUGCUAUUCAGAAUAACCACCCUCGCAUCAUAUGGGAAAAUAAUUCACUUCAAUUUUCACCAGUUGGUUUCAAUGAUUCUGGGUCUUAUAUCUGUACAAUCAAGUAUAAACCAAAUCCUGUAAAAGAGUCCAGGAAAUCAAAGGAGAUGAAUUGUUUUCUUAAAAUAAUCUUAGAAGUUCAACCAAAGGAGAAGACACCCUGUAUGGACUCUAUAAAAAAUGAGCUAUACCUUCUCAUUGGUAGCACUGAUUUAGUUCCUUGUCCUGCAGUGAACUGUGAGGGAGAUUUACAAAGGGAAGACAUAACAUGGUACAAGGAUGGAAAGCUAUAUCCUAAUCGGAGAAAAGCUUACAUAGAUUUUAUAGAAAUUUACUAUCAAGAUCAUGGUGUGUAUGUAUGUGAUUAUAACCAGUUUGUUAACUCAACUUGGUGGAUAAUCAGAGCAGUUGUUGAAGUGAAAACUAUUGUGAAAAAUACUUUAUCCAUACCAAUCAUUUUGGAUCCAACACAUGACAUGUUCACAUUAGAAGUGGAGCUUGGAAAACCAUUGAUUCUUGAAUGCAAAGCACGUUUUGGCUUUGAAAGAAAUUUUAAUCCUGUGAUAAAAUGGUAUGUGGAAGAUGCUGAGCGUAAUAAGGAAGAACUAAAACAAGAAAACAAAAGUAUCAUAAAACAAGUGGAGUGGGAAACUAUCCAUUACACUGCCUACUUGAAGAAAGUAACUAAAAAGGAUCUACUAAGGAAUUUUGUAUGUUUUGCACAGAAUUCUGUGGGAAAUAGUACACGAACCAUCAAGCUGAAACAGAAAAGAGGAGUGUUUUUCAUAUACAUAUUAUUUGGCAUCACUAUAACACUAGUAAUAAUCCUCAUGGCAAGUGCAUUCAUCUAUCGUUAUUGGGUUGAAAUAGUCCUUUUGUACCGAACUUACAAGGCCAAGGAUGAAACUCUAGGAGAUAGAAAAGAAUUUGAUGCCUUUGUGUCCUAUGCUAAACAAGACUCCUUUGAUAACCUGGACCCUUCAUUUCUGAAUGAGGAGAGCUUUGCAUUGGAUUUACUCCCUAAAGUUUUGGAAAAAAAAUAUGGAUACACCUUGUGUUUGUUUGAAAGGGAUGUGAUUCCAGGAGGAGCUUACACAGAAGAUAUUGUGAAAAUCAUCAAGCAAAGUCGGAGAGUCAUUUGUGUCCUGAGCCCCAGAUAUGUGAGCAGUCCUGCUGUUUUUGAACUUCAAGCCGCAAUCAAUCUUGCCUUGCAAGACCAAACACUGAAACUCAUUUUAAUUAAAUUUUCUCCCUUCAGAGAGACAGAUUCUUUACCUCACCGAGUGAAGCAAGCCCUUGCUGUACUCCCCACUAUCACUUGGAGAAGUUCAAAAUCAAUACCUCCAAAUUCCCGAUUCUGGAACUGCGUCCGCUACCAUAUGCCUGUGAAAAACCGUGGGCUAGAAGGAAAAAGGUUCAAGAUUUUUCCUAGAAUUUUUUCAUAA